AGGCCGAGCGCCUGUCGCGUGAGGGCAGCCUCGCCGAGGCGCGCGCGGCCCUGGCGGAGCAAGGCAAAGCGUUGGACAAGCGCAAGAGCGACUUCUGCGCUGACAACAAGGCGCUGCAGGAGGCGAGCAUCGCGUUCGACGCCGCGGCGCGGGCCAAGGCGCGGGACGAGGGCGCGCUGCUGGUCCGCGAGGGGCUGCGGGAGGCCCUCGAGGCGGCUCUGAAGGAGCACUACCCCCGGCUCGUGGAAGGCGCCGCGGACGUGUCGAAGCACCUGGACAGCAUCAUGUCGCUCAGCGGCAAGCUCGGGCUGGAGGACUCCCUGGUCAGCGCCUUCACGGUCGCGGUACCAGUGUCCGCGAGUCGUACCUAUUCAUCUCUCACAGUCGAGUCGCUCCAGAACGCUACAGGCAUCCACGGCCUCGUGUGCGCAGGCCGCGAGAUCUGGGCUGCUGGGCCGCCCGACGCGCAGUGCGUCUGCGUUCUGCGCGCGGGGGCGCCAGGCCAGGCGCUGCGCCUGCGCUGCGGCGCGGCCGCGACGGCGUGCCCGGUCGACGAGGGAGCCCUGGGCAAGCUGAACCGCGCCGCGGAAGCUGGGCUGACGCACGAGGUGGAGCGGCUGCUGGGGCCGCUGCUGGCCACCGGCGACCCGCGCGCCCCGAAGGCCACCGUGACGUUCAACACCGGGCUCAAGGCCUUCGCCAACGCGGGCGACCUGCCGGGGGCCGAGCGCUGGUUCGGGGAGAUGCGCGCCCGGGGCGUCCGCGUCAACGCGAAGACUUACGGCAAGCUCGCCGAGGCGGCGGCCAAGGCGGGCGACGCGGUCGCCGCGGAGCUCGGGGGGUCCGACUGUGCCCCAGCCGCCACCACCACCGCCCUGGAGGAGCGCUGGCUGGCGCGCGCCGACGCCGACGGCUUCCCGCCGUGCUCCGUUCAGCUCUCCAUCGCCGUCGACGCCAGCGCGCGCGCCGGCGACCCGGAGCGCUCAGCGGAGUGGCUGCGGCGCCUUGGCGGCGCGGCCGCGAGCGCCGGGCGCGGGCUGGCGGGCGGCGGCGCCCUGACGCCCACGGCGUGGCACACGGUGCUGGACGCGUGCGCCAAGACAGAGACGGACACGCGCGGAACGUCUUUCGUGGAGCUGCGGAGCCUGGCAUCGGCUCCCCCCAGUGUCCUGCGCCGCCUGGCGCUUGUGGCGCCCGUGCUGAUCGCCCAGGAGUACGGCGGGCCGCUGGAGGAGGAGCGCAUCCUCGAGCGCAAUGCGGGGUGCCACGCGCGGGCCCUCCCGCGGCCUGGCGCCCCGCGGGCCGCCUGGAGGAGGGCGCAGCGCGGGCCGCGCCUCCCGUGCCCGAGGUCGGCCGUAGCGGCGAGCUCAGCGGAGGUGGAGCCGCGGGCUGUGGGCGCAGAUGCCGGUCACGUCGCUGAUCUUGAAGCGGAGCUCCUGGCGGAGGCUGACGCCCAGGCGAGCGUCGGUGCGUUCCCUCCCCCGCCAGGCGUUUGGCUGGUCGCUGACCCGGUGGCAGGGGCGAGGGCCUUCCGGGAGGGCUUCGACGCGGGCUGGCGCCUUGCUGGGACGGCCUCCGGCGCUCCGCGGGGCGGCGACGGCGUGGUGCUACAGGAGCAGUGCGUGCCCUCCUCGUCCUUCCGCGGCGUAUGGGAGGUCUGCAGCGACGGUGCGCGCGGUGACGGGCAGGCUGCCCCUGCCGCCAGGGCAGAGCCUGGCAGCGACGACGGCGUCGAUGCCGGCUUUGUGGUCGGCCCUGUCGAUGGCGACGCAGACGGGGACACGGCCUGCCCUGGAUCCCCCGCCCGUUCGGAGCCCGUCAGCCACGUCCUGGAGUAUCUGGACCGCUUCGGCGCGGCGGUGCUGAGCGGCGGCACGGCCGGGGAGCUGGAGAGGGGCACCGCUGGUUCCGAGCGGGCCGCCGCUGCGGCGAGUUCCGAGGGGUACCUCCCUUUCCUUGAUGAGUUCGGCUUGGCCGCGGUGGCUGCAGCGGCCCGCGGGCCGCUUUCGGGAGUGGAAUCGCUCCUGGACCUCGCCGAAGGCCGCACCGAGGAUUGGCUUCGGCAGCGUGAGCUUACACUCGGAGACAGGGCAGAGGCCCAGAUGAACAAGUAG